AUGUUGGGGACGUCCAAAGUUUUCAUGCUGACAUUUCAAUCCAGUCAUCCUCUGAACCAAAAGGGGACACUGGAGACCAAGGUGCGCUCCACCAAGGGUGCCCUGCCCUUCUCCCCCGUGAUCCUGGCCCCUAACCUGGGGUACGGGUACCACCAGUACCUGCCCUUCCCGGCCGGGACCUCACCGUACCAGCAGGCCAUCACCAACGGAGUGUACCAAAAGCACCGCACCUUCAAGUUCGAGGACGGCGGCGUCAUGACCAUCAACUUCCGCUACACCUACUCAGGGAACAAGAUCAAGGGAGAGUUCCACGUGGUUGGAUCCGGGUUCCCUGAUGACGGCCCUGUGAUGACCAACUCACUCCAGCAGCAUGAUCAUAACGUGGAGAGGCUGAUGGUGCUGGGAGACAAGACCAUCGGCAGCGACAACAUGUGGACUUUCACUGAGAAAGGCGGCAAGGACAAGCGCUACAAGGCUGAAGUCAUGACCAACGCCACCUUCGCGCAGAACCUCCAGCCGGGUCUGAAGAACGUCAUGCCGCUCUUCGUCUUCCGCAAGGUGGAUAUCGACUGCUCCAAGACGGAGGUCACCUUGAUCGAGCGAGAGAAGGUCUUCCAGGAUCUUCUCCAGUAAGCGCCUGGUCGGGCCCGAUUCAAGCAGUCACCUCCUUACCUCCUUCAUUUAAACAGUACACCAUACGAACGUCACUGUAAGUCGAUGUAGGUUUAAUAGACAUCCAGGUAAUAAGAUACGCCAAAAAAUAGUUACUCAAGCAACUGGAUCUGGUUUUGGAAACGGUCACUGAGGAAACUACUUGAUAGUAGUUAAAAUGUAUGACCGUUUUCAAAACCAUAUCCAGUUGCUUGAGUAGCUAUUUUUUUGGCGUAAUUCACUGUACUUUUUGUCGUGUCAAUAAAGCUUGAGCUUGAUAUACAAUGCUCAUCACACCACUGGAUAAAUCACACAAUAUAACAGCUACAUCAGUCAACAAGGAUUGAUUUGUUAGACUGUCAAACGCUUCAGGUUGCAUCCGCUGCCUUUUUUAAAAUAAAGAUAGGGUGCUACUUGAAACGUCUGGCUGUUAACAAAUCUAACACCAUUGCCUGAGUAACUGUCAUAUUGCCUGGAUAUCUAGUCUUCAACAAUGUAUUUCAUUUGCCGUUUGAUUGUCUACACUAGAAGUCCUACAGUAUCAAAUGGUAGGACCAGGAAAUCCUAUACAAUAUGAACGUCUUGUUUCGUGUUUUGAAGUUGACAUAAAUUCUUGUGAUCAUUGGUCCUGAAAAGGUUGAUUGUUUGAAUGGGGCUUACCAAAGAGCGCUCCUUUGCAGUUGAAAAGAACUGCAUUGUGAUUUUCCAUUUUUGUUGUGGUGAAGAUAUAGGUGUUUUGUAGCUAAUUCUUUAUGGUGUAAUAAAUAAAUAAAAUUGAUCAAAACGAACAUAUGUGAAAGGAGAGGGCUGGGGCCCACCUUCCAGUACCGUGCCCUGGACACAGUGGAUAACAACCCACUGUCCUUAUGGCCUUGAAAAGGCUACGGGACUACCUCUACCUCGUCCAACCACACCAAAGAAUCUCACUGAAUGAUGACAGCUA